GGUGCUGGGGAAAACGGACCUGGAGGUCUUUGUCUGCAGUGUGUGGCUGCUGUUACCUGGACAGGGUUGCACACCUGCGGCUCUAUUUUUUCUCUGAGCGCUAAGGGACGAGCAGUUUGGCCUUUUCCACCGUUGGCUAGAUUUGCUUGUAUUGUUUCUAGCCACUGCUCAUGUAAUGCACUCCCUUAACCAGGAAAUUAAAGCGUUCUCCCGGAAUAAUCUCAGGAAGCAAUGUACCAGGGUGACAACGCUAACUGGAAGGAAAAUUAUAGAAACAUGGAAAGAUGCCAGAAUUCAUGUUGUGGAAGAAGUAGAGCCGAGCAGUGGGGGUAGUUGUGGUUAUGUGCAGGACCUUAGCUUGGACCUGCAUGUUGGUGUUAUUAAGCCUUGGUUGCUCCUUGGGUCACAAGAUGCUGCUCACGAUCUGGAUACUCUGAAAAAGCACAAGGUGACACAUAUUCUCAAUGUUGCAUAUGGAGUUGAAAAUACUUUCCUCAGUGACUUUAUAUAUAAGAGUAUUUCUAUAUUGGAUCUGCCUGAAACCAAUAUCCUGUCUUAUUUUCCAGAAUGUUUUGAAUUUAUUGAACAAGCAAAAAUGAAGGAUGGCGUGGUUCUUGUUCAUUGUAAUGCAGGAGUUUCCAGGGCUGCUGCAAUUGUAAUAGGUUUCCUGAUGAAUUCUGAAGAAAUCUCGUUCAUCAGUGCUUUUUCUUUGGUGAAAAAUGCAAGGCCUUCCAUAUGUCCAAAUGCGGGCUUCAUGGAGCAGCUUCGUACAUACCAAGAGGGCAAGGAAAGCAAUGAGUGUGACAACAUACAGGAAUUAGAAAAGGGUGACAGUUCAUGAGUUACAUUCCAGCAGAUAAUGGACAACUGUAAUUUCUGAACUGGCCCCCACAGCCACCUGUCCCCAUUUUUGAAGAGUAGACUAGUAAAAACUUCCUUUUGUCUUGCGUUUUUCAAGUGGAAGUGGAGGUUAAUUGAUUGUCUUGAGCUAGUGUACAAAUAUGUUUUUAAAUCAUGUCAUGUUUUCCUUGGUAUUAUAAUGUGGGAUUGGAUGCUGCUUUGAUUUGCUAAGAGGAAAUAAUGUAUUACCAAUAAUUGGUUUCUGUAGAAGAAAAAGGUUUACAUUUGAAAUCUUUAUUAGAGCAUGAAAAGAUUAAAUCAGUUGAUGAAGACUUUUAGUAUUUUUCUAUGCCAGCAACCACUUCCAUGAAGGGAAAAACCACUUCCAAGUGCUACUUGACUUACUAUUUCAGAGGGAGGUAAAUUUCUAUGUAAAGAAUUUGGGAUUAAAAACUAAUAUCUUAAACCUCCCAAAAGAGAUAACCAAAAUCUGAAGGUUGACACAAUAUAGGCAUACUUCGUUUUAUUGCGCUUCACUUUAUUGUGCUUCGCAGACGAUUUGUAUUUUAGAAAUCGAGAGUGGUAACCCUGCAUCAAAGAAGUCUUUGGGCACCAUUUUCCCAGCAGCAUUUUCUCACUUUGUAUCUCUGUAUUGCAUUUUGGUAAAUCUCACAAUGUUUCAAAUUUGUUCAUUAUAGUUCUAUUUGUUAUGG